GCAAGCAGGCUGGGGGGAAGGGGGGUGACUCCCCAGCUGUGCCUGGCUCUCCUCCCCUUCCUGUUCCAGCCACAGAGCUGAUUGGCCCUCCCUUCUGCCUCUGGCCACCUGUUGCUGUCUUUCCAGGAGUCACCCUCCAUCUCCAUCCCGUCUACCGGGCCCAGCAUGCUGGCUGUGAAGUAAGUGGGGUCGGGGGAGGCCUGGGCGGAGCUUGAGUCUGAACUGAACCUGCUGCUUCUCAGACAUCUCCAUGACAACCAUGGCCUUGGAGAAGCCUGAUGGAGGCCUGGGCUGCCAGGCGGUGACACCCAGGCUGGCCGACGCCGGCAGCUGGUCCCACGAUUCUCAGGAGCCAGAGGCGGAGGGUAGCCCUGCGGGUAAAGUGGAUACCAGGCCCAAGAAGACAGAAAAGGAGUCUGUGGCCAAAGGGGCCCCAGGACCCGGCAAGGAGAGGCCGAAAGCAGGAGCAACCCCGAGGAGCCCGGCGCGCAAGAAGGCCCAGGCCGCGCCGCCCCCGCAGCCGCCGCCGCCGCCGCCCCCGGCCCUGAGCGAGGAGCUGCCCUGGGGGGACAUGUCGCUCAACAAGUGCCUGGUGCUCGCCUCGCUGGUGGCGCUGCUGGGCUCGGCCUUCCAGCUGUGUCGCGACAUGGUGAUUGGAGGGGCGGACGCCCCUGCCCCUGCCCCUGCGCCAUGGGUCCCUCCAAGCUCUGCGCCAAAAAAGCCAGCGUCGCCCCCGCUAAAGCCCGAGGCCUGGACGCCCCCGCUGGGGUCCGCUGCGCCCCCGAUGCCGGCGGAGGAGACAGAGGCUGCCCGGAGUGCGGAGGCUGCAGGGAAGGAGGCCGGGGACCCUGAGGAGGCCGCUGGGGGGGAGCGCGCGCCCCUCGCCCACGAAGGGCCCCAGGGGAGGCCGCAGAAGGAGAGGCCGCGGAGGGAGAGGCCGCGCAAGGAGAGGCCGCGGACCGAAGAGAGACCAUGGAAGCCGGAGAAGCCCCGGCCCGUCAGGGAGCCCCGGGAACCUCCGCCCCAGAGAGGGAAGGCACGAGAAGAGGGCCAUCGGCCGUGGGAGCGGGACUCCGGAGAGGCCAAGCACAGGAAGAGGCAGGCCUGGGCCUCUCCGCGACGUCCCAGCGCCGAGGACUGGCCUCCGGGCCGCCGGAAGCACCGCGCCGGGAAGGGGCGCGACUGAGCCGGCCCGGGCCCUGCGCAGGAACCCCGGCACGUCUUCCGGGUUAGCUCCUGGUCCUCGCGAAAUAAAGCGCGUGCUGCGGCCCCACGUCGCCUGCUCCUUUGC